CACUUUGGCGACACUCCCUACGCCGGGCCGGGCGCCGGGCCGGGGGGAGCCGCGCCGGGGAGCGGGGGGCGGGCCGCGCGGCGCCCAGAAAAGCGGCGUCCCCGGGGGAGCGUGCCGAGGCCGCGGCCGCGCAGCCUACCAGCUCCCACCAUGCUACUGCCCGUGUUGCUGCUGGCUCUGGCCACGAGUGGAACCCAGGCGACCCGGCCGUGCUUCCCCGGGUGCCAGUGUGACGUGGAGACCUUUGGGCUCUUUGACAGCUUCAGCCUGACACGAGUAGACUGCAGCAGCCUGGGCCCCCACAUCAUGCCUGUGCCCAUCCCCCUGGACACGGCCCACCUGGACCUGUCCUCCAACCGACUAGAGACAGUGAACGAGUCAGUGCUGGCAGGCCCUGGCUACACCACGCUGGCUGGCCUGGACCUCAGCCACAACCUACUCACCAGCCUCCCACCCACCGCCUUCUCCCGUCUGCGCUACCUGGAGUCACUGGACCUCAGUCACAACGGCCUGGCUGCCCUGCCGGCCGGCAUCUUCACUAGCUCCCCUCUGAGCGACGUGAACCUCAGCUACAACCAGCUGCGGGAGGUCUCCCUUCGGGCCUUCACCACGCCCAGCCAGGGCCACACACAACACAUCGACCUCACCCACAAUCUACUGCCCCACCCAGUCCGGGCCACCCUGCCCACGCCCACCAUCCAGAGCCUCAACCUGGCCUGGAACCGACUCCGCGCUGUGCCCGACCUCCACCAGCUACCCUUGCGUUACCUGAACCUGGACGGGAACCCUCUGGCCACCAUUGGCUCGGGGGCCUUCGCGGGGCUGGCAGGCCUGACCCACCUGUCGCUAGCCAGCCUGCAAGGUGUCCCCCAGCUGGAGCCCUAUGGUUUCCAGGAACUGGCGGGUCUGCAGAUCCUGGAUCUGUCAGGCAACCCCAGGCUCCAGUGGACAGGCGCUGAGGUCUUCUCAGGCCUGGGCUCGCUGCAGGAGCUGGACCUGUCGGGGACGGGCCUGGUGCCCCUGCCUGAGCUGCUGUUGCAUCACCUGCCCGCCCUGCAGAGUGUCAACGUGGGCAAGGAUGUGCACUGCCGGCGCCUGGUGCGGAAGGGGGCCUACCCACGGCAGCCUGGCUCCAGCCCCGAGGUGGCCCUGCACUGUGGGGACAUGCAGGAGGCUGUUGCUGCUGCCAGAGGCCCUGACAUCUUGUGACAAACAGUGUGGCCUGGGGCCACAUGACAGAACUUUACCCUGGGCUUGCUCAGGUCCAGAGUGCCAUUGCCCUGGGGGAGGCCGUGGGUGUCCCCACUGAGGACCAGGGAGAGGCUCUGCUGCUCAUACCUGGGCCCAGCACUGAUGGGCGGAGGCGGCUACUUUGUCUCCCUCAGAUCAUGAGCAGGAGGGACUUUGAUUCCAGACCAGACUCCAUCUCCUCCUGCUGCCCUCCCCCACUUGUCCUC